GUGAACUCACGGUUGAACCAUGACCUCCAGGGGGACGCCGAGCCGCUUCCUGCAGAGUGUUCUUCAGAACGGCGUCGGUCGGUACGUCUGCCAGCUCAAAAGAAUCUCCCUCAUCUUCUCCAAAAACGCGCAGAGCUCGCUGGGAGUGAGGGAUUUUAUUGAGGAGGGAGUCGUGGAUUACGCCAAGAAGAACCCAGGAACUGUUGUUUAUGUGUCUCCUCAGUCCUGCAGGAUCCCCAAAAUAGUAGCAGAGUAUUUAAACGGCAACGUGAGGGAAGAAAUCAUCACGAGCAAAACCGCUCCGCAGAUUUCCGAGCUUUUGAACAAACUGACGAAUCAGUCCGGCCUCGACAUCAUCCGCAUCCGUAAACCUUUUCACACGGACAGUCCCAGCAUCCAGGGCCAGUGGCAUCCUUUCACCAACCGGCCUCUGUCCAUCGGCCCCAUCAGGCCUCAGAAACAAGCCGCUCCAUAAAGACUCAUCAAAACCGAUGGACGUUUCCAGAAAAUUAGUGCUUAACUUCUGUUUAAUUGAAGAUGUGUCAUUUUUUUCUGAAAUGUCUGCCGUCUAAUUAAAUCACAGGUCAGACAGUUCUGGUUUUUGCAGCCAUUUUCCCAUUAAUCUGUUGGAUAAUUCUGCUAAAGACCUCACUAUUGUGUGAAUGUUUUUGACCGUGCCCUUCUGUCUGCUGGCAGCAGAGAAAUGUUCACAGUGCGAGCUCUGAAUGCCACGUCUGAAUAGUCUAUAAAUGAAUCCACCAGAGGCUUGUCAGCUGGCAUACUAAAAAGCAGAUAACUGUUUUUAAUCUCAAGGUUAUUUGAAGAUUUGUGUAGUGAGCAGUGCACUCUGCAGCAGACCGAACUUUAUACGGAAUAAAAAAAAUGCUCCUUUUUUCUGCA